UCAACAGAUGUAGUAUUUUCCUCUUGGGGGGCAGGGUGAGGAGCAGCUGUGCCGUCUGAAAUCAACAGAGAAAUCUACAAUUUUACUGGAGCUGCGAGUGUGCGGCAGCUCUCAUUUCCGGAGGGGAGAAAAAAGUCGUUCUCUUGAUAUCGGAUCCCGCCUUGUGGCUGAGAACAUUUAUUACAAGUCUUGGAAUCGAACACGGGUAAAACUACUCAGCCAAUCACAAGGCUGAAAAAGAUAGGAAAAAGAUCUGGCCAAUCAGUGUCCGCCUAUCCAGCGGAAGGAAGUUGCGUUACUUAGGGGUCUGUGCACGUGUAGCAGUUCCUCUCGUCGUGUAGAGGGAGACCAGGGAGGCCUGAGCCAUGGGGCGCAAGUUGGACCCGACCCGCAAGGUGAAGCGAGGUCCCGGGCGCAAGGCUCGCAAGCAACGCGGAGCUGAGGAGGAACUUGCUCGUUUCCUAACAUCUGCUUCUGAUGACAGUGCCAGGAAGCUUUCCAGUCAUGCUCGACGAAGAGCUGCAAAGAGGCGAAUCAAAUCCGUAAAGCCCCAAACAGUCAAGAAUGUCCCUUACCUCCAAACAGCUGCAGAGAAAUCUUUGUUAAAGGGUGCAAAUGUGAGAGCGGCAUCAGAAGCUGGCUGCCAACGUGGUUUCAGCGAUGACAAUACCACCUGGCUGACUCCUUCAGCUUCUGGGAAAAAGAGAUUCGGACCUGAAGAGAGUGAUGAUGAGGAAAGUGUGGCACUUGGCGGCAGUGACGGAAAUGAGAGUGACGGAGAUGAUGCAAGUGAGGAUGGGAUGGUGGAUGACUAUGAAACUCUGUCUUCUGAUGAUGGAGAGGAGCUCUUGCCUAUAGAAAAAGCUGCCAAGAAGGAGAUGCUGGAGGGGCAGGCCUUCAGUGAGGAUGACAGUGACAGUGAGGAUGAGGAGGAGACAUUGCCACACAAGCAGGAUGUGGAGCAGGAACAAAACAAAGAGGCAGACCUUCAGCUCAAUGUGGAGACAGACGAGUGCUUUGUGCUGCCCAGCGGGCAGGAAAUAGAGAAAGAAGCUGCUCAGCCCCCUGACCUCCAGCUCAUUCAUCAGCGCAUAAAGGACAACAUAGAGGUGCUUCAGGAUUUCACUACAAAGCGAGAAGAGGGGCACUCAAGGCAGGAAUAUCUGGCCCUUCUGCGGCGGGACCUUGCUGCUUACUACUCAUACAGCGACUUCUUGACUGAGAAGAUGAUGGAGCUUUUCCCACUCUCUGAGCUGGUUGAUUUCUUGGAGUCCAAUGAGGUCCCCCGUCCUGUGACCCUUCGCACCAACACCCUCAAGACCCGACGACGUGACCUGGCCCAGGCCCUGAUAAAUCGUGGGGUGAACCUUGACCCAUUAGGAAAGUGGUCUAAAACUGGACUUGUUGUGUACGACUCCUCUGUUCCUAUAGGUGCCACCCCAGAAUACUUGGCCGGACAGUACAUGCUGCAGGGAGCAUCCAGCCUUCUCCCCGUCAUGGCUCUCGCCCCCCAGGAGAACGAGCGCAUUCUGGAUAUGUGCUGUGCCCCAGGCGGCAAGACCAGCUACAUAGCCCAGCUGAUGAAGAACACUGGUGUGAUACUGGCUAAUGACAGCAAUGCUGAGCGUCUGCACAGCGUGGUGGGAAAUCUGCACCGCUUAGGAGUUACAAACACCGUUGUGGGCCAUUGUGAUGGGCGCCAGUUCCCCAAGGUACUGGGUGGCUUUGACAGGGUCCUGCUUGAUGCUCCAUGCAGUGGCACGGGUGUUAUUUCGAAGGACCCCACAGUUAAAACCAAUAAGGAUGAGAAGGACAUUUUGCGCUGUGCGCACCUACAGAAGGAGCUGAUUCUCAGUGCUAUUGACUCAGUUAAUGCUGCCUCGGAGACCGGGGGCUACAUUGUGUAUUGCACGUGUUCAGUCAUGGUGGAAGAAAACGAGUGGGUUGUGGACUACGCCCUGAAGAAGCGAAACGUCCGUUUGGUGCCGACAGGUCUGGACUUUGGCAAAGAAGGAUUUACCAGGUUUAAGGAGCGGCGUUUCCACCCCUCUUUGAAAUCCACACGGCGUUUCUAUCCUCACACCCACAACAUGGAUGGCUUUUUUGUUGCCAAACUCAAGAAGUUUUCCAAUGCCAUUCCAAAGCCUCCCAAAGAUGAAGACCCUAAUGGAGAGCCAGCUGUGCAGACGGCCAAAGAAGGAUCUGUUCCAGCACCAGCUGAGCCUCUGCCUAACAGGGGGAAACGUGUAGAGUUGAAAGCUGUUAAGAAGCAGACUGCAAAACAGGAGUGUUCUGCGGCAAUAGCAGCCAAGAAGCAGGCUAAAGGAGAGUUGAAACCUGAUAAGCAGAACAAACGGCUCUCAGUCUCACGGCAAGGCUCCUUCCAGAAGCGGCCCAGGCCUUUGAGGGCUGCUCGGCCCUCUCCUGGAGGUCCAACCCCCAGCAAGAAGCGCAGGGUGCACAGAAGCCACCAUUAGAGGGGAAACUGCAUCAUUUGAUGCUUUUCUGACAGUUGCUAGUAAGACCGGUGGGAGAUCCUGUCCAAGCUGCUUGUCCUGGCAAGACCUGUGCAGAGUUGGUGUUCAGGAACUCUCCCCUACAUACUGGGGCUGGCUUAAAAUAUUUAAUUUUAGCCUGUUUAAGGGCAGAAACUGUUUGAAUUUAUCAAGUCAUUAAAAAUUUUCUACUUGGUCA